UCGAGAGGGUAAAGACGUGCCGACCCGAGAGACCGGCAAUUUAUAUAAUUUUUGUGCGAUUAAAGAAACCGUGUAACUAAAAGGUGAUUUUUAUUUCGCGCAAAACAAUUUGAUUAGAUAGUUCUCAAGAAUGUUAACUAUAAUAGAUUAGGUAGUACUUAUCACGAAAAUUAAUUAGUGUCUUCCUUCUACGUGAUUGUCCGACAACACAACAAACAAUGAAAAAAUCGAUCGUGUUUGUACUUUUCAUUUCAACAGUGCUGGCGCAAAAUUGUACCUUGGACCUUUCUCACUCCGAAUCGCCCUUUAUCAUUAACGACGACUUCACGCUCCCCAUAUACGACCCAACCAACAGAAACCAAUCCCUGAGUCUUGGAAGUGAAGAACUUUUCUAUGUCGUGUGUCCUAAGGGUACUCACAGUCCCUACAUCGUCGAAAAGGGUGACCGCCUAGUAUGUAAAGGCGGCACAAACGUUCUCAACAUCCGAACAGUGAAAAUAGUCGAUUUUUCUGAUAUAAAAUGUAGACCCGAUGGAAUUGCCAACGUGAAAAAAGUGGACAAACAAUGUGCUACCAACGGUACUCUUUUUGAAAUUGGUUUCUACGUUUACGACGACUUUCUCUCGAUGAUUAGUGUUUGUUUCGACGAAGUAAAAUUAACCCCGAUUUAUUGUAAAUAUAACUAUAGUUUUUUGUUUACUCAACGACGGUUUGAAGAAUCAGUGAUUUGUGGCGAAGUUCCUUGUGAGUGGGCUGAUAACGGAAACGUCUACCUUGACAUCGAUGUGGAAGAAGUGUACAAUGACCAAGCGGAAAUUUUGCAAGAUCUGGGUAUCGAUGAUUUGGCUUUGAUGAGAUUCCCUCUGACAAUUAGCAUCUUGUACCAAAUAACGUACUCCAACACUCGUCAACGAAUGCAAUUUAUCCCUUAUUUUGAUUACAUGCAUGUUGUACCUUUAUGGGAUAUAGCGGAGUUACGUGAUGCACUCAUACAUCAGUUCGUUGGGACAUCGAUGUCGUCAGAUUUCGUAGACCCGCCUAUUACUUUAGGCACUCUGGGUGUUGCCACUUUGUUAAAUAACGCAGGAAAUCACGUUGAAGUUUAUUUGAGUGAGGGUAAAAUUCCAGUUCCGAAGUGGCUCUGGUUGCUUUGGAAUAAAACCGAGAGGAUAGUUUUUCACUACAACAGUCCCAAUUCGGAAGAAGCGAAAAGAGAAAUUGCUAAAUUAUGUUCUAGUUACAUUUACAAAUCUUCUAAUAUCUAUACUUGUGGUUUUGGAUCGGUGAUCGAUCCAGAGAUGAGACAACUCAUUGAAAAUAACUUUAACUGAACAAUAACACUUUUCAUCAUUUUUCAUUGCUUUUUGAUCAAUAUUGAUAAAUACAUUUUCCUUGUAACAAAAAUCUGAUAAAAAUAAUAUCAGUGCUUUAUGUUUUUUUGUAUGCAGGUAUUUGUCUCGUAAACA